AUGUGCGGAACAGCCCUGGAUCUGCCGACCAGCAAAGGUGCUGGAUGUGUGAACCAGCUCGGAGGGGUUUUCCUCAACGGACGACCGCUCCCUGCCUCCAAACGGAGACGAAUGAUCGAGCUGGCGUCGGAGGGCAUGCGCCCGAGCCACAUCUCCAAAACCCUCAGGGUGUCCAACGGGUGCGUCAGCAAGAUCCUGAGCCGGUACUACCGAACCGGACUCGUGGGUCCAAAGGCGAUCGGAGGGAGCAGACCGCGCCUCCUCACCCCGGACGUGAUUUCCAGAAUAACCCGGUGCAAGAGGGAAAACCCGACCAUUUUUGCCUGGGAAAUACGGAAGAAGCUCGCGGCCGAGCAAAUCUGCGAGCCCUCCAAAGUUCCCAGCGUGUCUUCUGUGAACCGGAUUUUGAGAAGGAUCCACAUUGACCAUGACCACCUGUACAUGGAAAUGGAUGAGCCUAACGGACCUUACCGAGGCCCUCCUGUCGUGGUCCGCGGAGAGCUGAGCGACGGAGAGCCUCCAGCCUCAGCAGCCAGGGAUGAGCGGACGAGGAGGGAGCCUCGGCACCGGAACCGGACCACCUUCAGCCCGGAGCAGAGCCGGGUCCUGGAGCACGAGUUCUCCCUGAGCCAUUACGCAGACACGCACACCAGGGGACACCUGGCAGCGAGGAUCCAACUCCCCGAGGAGACCAUCAAGGUCUGGUUUUCUAACAGGCGCGCCAAGUGGAGGAGACAGGCUAAACAGAGGGAGAGCACGAGGACCGCCUGCCUUCAGAAUAAAAGAGACCAUGUUCCUGCCCUGGCACACACCUCCACAGCUCAACAGGUGACCUGGAACGACACGAGUCUCUUCUCUCACUGUCCAGAAACUCCCCACACCUUCAACGCUAAGUUACAAAACAGCCACCAUCUGUCAGUGGAAGGAGAUAUGGGUAGUUCUAAACCUCUCGAACCCAUCCCAAUGACAUCCUCAUCCUCGCAUCAGCCGAAUGACAGAACAUUCACAUUGGCUCAACCCAUUGCAGAGAAGACUCCCCUCACUCGCCACGUCGACAGAUUCGCUUUCCCGUCGGCCCACCAUCACACAGACUCCACGGCAGCCGACCGCCAUGCGGCUCAAAGCUGGAACCAACAGGGAAGCGCUUUCUCCAUGGGCGCGUGUCAAACACAUGAGCGGCUCCCGUUUGCUGCUCAACACUGGGAGAGGGAGUAUCACUAUAUGAACCUCACACAGGCCCGCCCACAGAAAUGGAUGGAGCCCUGA